GCGGGGACUGACCACACAUCCGAUGACGUCGCGUGUGACACGUGGAUUCCAAGAUGGCGCAGAGGAGGGCAAUAUCAAUCUGGCCAUUGAUGCUUCUCCUAGACCUGCAUACUUCAUCCACUUUUUAUGUACCAGGUGUAGCACCAAUUGACUUUCAUCAUAAUCAUCCUGUGGAAAUUAAGGCUGUGAAAUUGACUAGCUCACGGACACAGCUCCCGUAUGAAUAUUAUUCCCUUCCUUUCUGUCGGCCUGAAAAAAUUGAAUACAAGGCAGAAAAUCUUGGUGAGGUGUUAAGGGGUGAUCGGAUCGUGAAUACACCAUAUGACUUGCAUAUGAACAUUGAAAAGAAAUGCGAAGUUCUCUGUGGCAAGCCAAACAAACCUGUCAGGUUUAAAAUAGCUGAAAGUAAACUGGUCGUAGAAAGGAUUCGGGAAGAAUAUUACGUUCACUUGAUUGCAGAUAACUUGCCUGUUGCAACACGAUUAGAAUUUUACCCAAAUUCUGAAGGCAAUGACAAAAAGAAAGAAAAAGAAGUGCAGUUUGAGCAUGGUUACAGACUGGGAUUUAUUGACAACAAUAAGUUCUAUCUGCACAACCAUCUCUCUUUCAUUAUCUAUUAUCACAAAGAAGAAAUAGAAAAAGACCAAGAACCUACAUAUAGAGUUGUGCGCUUUGAAGUUGUACCACAAAGUGUUAAAUAUGAAGAUCUAAAAACUGAUGAGAAAGGAAACUGUAUCCUACCUGAGGCUGCAGGCUCUCUUCCCCAAGAGAUUGAUCCCAACAAAGAAAAUGAUGUGCUUUUUACUUACUCGGUCCGUUGGGAGGGUAGUCCUAUUAAAUGGGCAUCUCGCUGGGACACUUACUUAACCAUGAGUGAUGUACAGAUACACUGGUUCUCAAUUGUGAAUUCGGUAGUUGUAGUCUUUUUCCUCUCUGGAAUUCUCAGCAUGAUAAUCAUUCGAACCCUUAGGAAGGACAUAGCGAACUAUAACAGAGAAGAUGACAUUGAAGACACGAUGGAAGAAUCUGGUUGGAAACUAGUCCAUGGUGAUGUAUUCAGGCCACCCCACUAUCCCAUGAUUCUCAGCUCUCUUUUAGGAUCUGGGAUCCAAUUAUUCUGCAUGAUACUAAUUGUUAUCAUUGUUGCUAUGUUAGGAAUGCUUUCACCAUCCAGCAGAGGGGCACUGAUGACAACUGCUUGUUUUCUCUUUCGUGUUUCAUGGGAAAUGUUGACAAAGUUAUUUGGUGGUUAUUUUGCUGGUCGUUUGUACCGCACUCUAAAAGGGCAUCGAUGGAGGAAAGGUGCUUUUUGCACUGCUACUCUGUAUCCUGGCAUCGUAUUUGGAUUGUGUUUUGUUCUAAAUUGUUUUAUUUGGGGCAAACAUUCAUCAGGAGCUGUUCCCUUUCCUACAAUGUUGGCUCUUCUUUGCAUGUGGUUUGGCAUCUCCCUCCCUUUAGUCUACCUUGGCUAUUAUUUUGGUUUUCGAAAGCAACCUUAUGACAACCCUGUGCGCACCAAUCAAAUACCACGUCAGGUCCCUGAGCAGAGAUGGUACAUGAACAAAUUUGUUGGAAUUCUUAUGGCUGGUAUCCUGCCAUUUGGUGCCAUGUUUAUUGAAUUGUUCUUUAUUUUCAGUGCAAUUUGGGAGAACCAAUUCUAUUACCUCUUUGGAUUCUUAUUUUUGGUAUUUAUUAUCUUGGUAGUAUCAUGCUCUCAAAUCAGCAUCGUCAUGGUUUACUUCCAACUCUGUGCAGAGGAUUAUAGAUGGUGGUGGAGAACAUUCAUGGUGUCUGGUGGAUCUGCAUUCUAUGUGCUUGUUUAUGCCAUAUUUUAUUUUGUUAAUAAGUUGGAUAUUGUGGAAUUCAUCCCAUCAUUGCUGUAUUUUGGCUACACAACCCUGAUGGUGCUUUCUUUUUGGUUACUUACUGGAACGAUUGGAUUUUAUGCUGCAUAUAUGUUCAUACGCAAAAUCUAUGCUGCUGUAAAAAUAGACUGAAAAGACAAGCCUGACAAUGAGGAGUUCAUGUUUAUGAUGGGCCUUCCAACUAUGACAAGCAUCUCUAGAUUCUGAAGAUUAUUAUUUUGAAAAAAAUCCUUCAACUUGGGUAAAUGCACGAUGUUCACUUUUGGUGUGAGAGGGCAACAAUGUCUAUAAGAGGUGAUUUUUUUUAUAUCUGUUUGAUUUUUGAAAACGGGCCCCUUUUGGAGACAACAGACAUAGAAUGCUGCAUAAACGUUAAUUUUUUUAGGAAAUAACUAUCCCAAUUCUGUUCCAGUGUCAUUGUAAUUAUUCCAUAUUAAAAAAAACCUAAGUUUUACAUCACAUUGAUUAUUAAUGUGCCAGACACUUUAAAAAUCUAUGACUGGAAAUAUUUGUUUGCCUGUUAAGCAGCCAUACCUUAAAUAUUCAUGUAUUUUACAGUUAAGUAGGAAAUGGUUGUGUAGAAAUAGAAUACUUUGUAGCCAGAGCCAAUUUGCAAAGAGAUCCUAGAAUAUCCAUUGCCAUUUUUUUUGUCUGAUCAAAGAAAUCCAUUACUUGUACUUUGAAUGCAGCUCUAUUAACUUGAAGUAACUUUUUUUUAAAACUAAGAGGCACAGAAUACAUAUAACUCAAAGCACCAGGGUAACCUACUUUACUCAAAUAUUCUAUGUUGAAUAGACAAUGUCCAUUCCAUUUGAUUGCUCUAGUGAAGAAGCCAAGUUGCUUGGUGUCCUGGAAUGAAAUGCCUAUAAUUUUUUUCGAUGGAUUUCCCACUCACUUUCAACACUUGCACAUCCAGUUGAAGUGCACCAUGUUUGAACAUGUAUCACAGUUGAGCCAAACAACUGAAUUGGAUCAUACACCAAAAAGCUUAUUUGUUCAGAUGUAAAUUAUUUUUCCCCUAGUAAUUAAAAUAAACUGUAAAACAGAAGCCUUCAAAAUUACUAUAGGUGCAUAUUCAAAAUGACUGCAGACUUGUUGGUUCUAAAAGUGGUUUAUUAAGAGUUUGAAAUAGCUGACUAGUGUUUUGGCUUGCACCUCGAUUUACUGAGACUAUUGUGUAUUUUUAGAUGUGAAUAUAUAGGCAUAUCUGCAGAUUUCAGUAGAAAUAUUAAAGUAUUAAGGCUUGACAACAUUUAAAUUCCUUUCAUGUUUUCUGUGAAAUGCUGAUGAGUAAAAGCCUGUGAAACAGCAUUCUGAAAAAUCUUGCACUUUCUCUUUAUGCAGUGCAUGUGUAAUACAGUAAGGAGUUUAUUUUAAAUACUUUAGUACUAAUUUACAAUUGACUUUUUACAUCUCUUUCCCCCUUGGGUCUCUUUCAUUGAAGAUGAAAUACAACAUUUACAUAUAGAAUUGCAAGUGUAUAAAGAGUAAAGGUGUUUCUUACUGUCAGAAUCUGUUAUUGAAGUAGAUGAGAAAAUGAAAAACUAAUGAAGUUACUUUGUGACCACAAUGCUUAUUUACUAGUCUACUGUUGAAGUAUUACAAAAUACUGCACUGACUUCAUUCAGGACGGACACCACCAGUUUGUUUGGCUGUUUGACAAUUAAUCAGUAGAUUUGCUUUUCUCUAAUAAUUGAUGGUAAAAUAGCCCUCAACAGGGGAAAAUGGGUGAUAUGAAGUUUACUGUGAUUUAAAUUUUGUACAUUUCUAAAUAUUUAAAUGCUGCAUUAGAUUAUUUUUCUUCAUUGGUUCCAUGGGAUUCAUUUGACUUUGUGACUUUCACGCAAUGGUGUAAAUAAACAAUUUUGUACUUUUGCUUUUUGGUCAUAGGCACUGUAAGUAUUAUGUAAUUGUUUCCAAAGGCAUGUUACUCUUCAUAUAAUGAGCAGUAUAAAAGUGUGUAAACUUUC